UCUCAUACCACAAGAACUAGGGAUCAUGCAAUGAAAUUAAUAGGCAGCAGGUUUAAAUCAAACCAAAGGAAGCAUUUCUUCACAUAACGAACAGUCAACCUGUGGAACUCUUUGCCAGAGGAUGUUGUGAAGGCCCAGACUAUAACAGGGUUCAAAAAAGAGCUAGAUAAGUUCCUGGAGGAUAGGUCCAUCAAUGGCUAUUAGCCAGGAUGGGCAGGGAUGGUGUCCCUAGCCUCUGUUUGCCAGAAGCUGGGAAUGGGUGACGGGAUGGAUCACUUGGUGAUUCCCUUUUCUGUUCAUUCCCUCUGGGGCCCCUGGCACUGGUCAUGGUCGGAAGACAGGACACUGGGCUAGACGGACCUUUGCUCUGACCCAGUGUGGCCGUUCUUAUGAUUAGACCCAGCAGGUUGUUCUGGGCUCUGGAUUCCAUCUAGCUGCUAGUCCCCUUCGCUGGUUGCCAGUUCUGUUCCCAAAAUGCGCUGGACGUCGGGGUUGGCGCUCAUUGCUGUGGGCUCAGAGGGGGCUGCACAGAGAUGCUGAUAGGAAGCUGGGCUUGUGUGCACAGAUUCUCUUGCUGCAGCUUUUCCUUCUGGUGCCUGUUUUUCCAGCUCCCUUGGGGCAUUCUCUCAGCCUGUGGCUCGCUAGUGUUUACAUUCGGGCUGUUUGGUGCAGGUCUCUGGCUCGCAGAGCAGGUCCUGGCAGAGGCCACGCUUGGCGUCUCAGGCCCUGCUCUGCAGAGCAUUUCCUGGGGCUCUGACAAGCUGCUUCUGUCAGAGCAGCAACAAGGCACCCGACAUGUUUCGAGUAGCAGCAUUUCUUGCUUUGCCGCAGUCCAGUGCAGGGAUCCCAGAGGCUCUGUUGGUGUUGGAGCUCACCCGCCCCCUCUGCUCACCACCCCCCCGGUUGCACCUGCUCCCUGGCUGUGCCUGGAGUUUCUCUGGUGCAGAUCCAGCCCUGAGAACUGGAGCCCUGGACGACGGAGCUGCAGAGAGACCCUGGGGGCUGCGUGCAGUGAAGGGGUGUGAGCCUGAGAGGAAGUAGUGCAGAAUGUGGGCUGGGCAGAUGGAGCCAGGUGGCUGCACAGAGGUGGCCAGGGCAGGAGCUCUUGCUUCCGAGGGGGCUGCCUGCCUUCUUUAGUGCUCCCUCUCUCUGCCCCCCUCCCUGUGGUAUCUGAGCAGCACUCUUGGGUCCCCCUGUGAGGCAGGGAGGCGUUAGCGCCAUGUGGCUGAGGCCCAGAGACAGGCAGAGUCCAGCUGAGCCAGGAGCUGCAUCAGGUCCCUCCAGUCCCAGCCCAGUGCUCCGUCCACUAGACCCUCCUUGGUUUGGAGCUAGCCGCACAAUGCGGGUCUCCGGCUCAGCAUUGGCAUGUGCUGCCGAUGCUGCUCCUCACCCUGGGCCAUGCGCUGCUGGGCCGGGCCAGACGCAGCACCGAGCAGUUCAACAGCCUGGGGUGGGGGCAGGGGAGGGGCCAAGGCAUCAGCUGCUACAGGACAAUGGUUCCCAGCCGUUGUGGCUGGGAAUAACACCUCACCCAGUGCAGUCUGCCUGAGUCUGCAGACCGGCGCGCUGCUUUCAAAGCUCCGAGCUGCUCUGGGGCAGUUCUCCGGCCUGUUACCCAGGAGAUCCGUGUUCCCUUUUGGCCUCGGGGUCUCCCCAAAUGGCAGCAGCAUCGAAUGGGCAAGGCUCCAGGCUAGUGAGGCACAUCUAGCAGACGCUCCAGGGCUGGGAGCUGACCCGAGACCCCAAGGGGCAGAGGUUAGCGAUGAUGAUGAUGAUUAGCCAUUGGAGCUGCUCCCCUGGGGCCCCACGUGGAGUCUGUAAACCCAGACUGGAUCUUUCCAAGUGCUCUGUUCUAGCUCAGCCAGGGGUUACGGGCUGGCUGCAGGAGUCACUGGGUGAGAUGAGACUGACCCAGGAGGGCACUAGACCAUCCUGGUCCCUCCUGGCCUUGAGAUGGCUCUGCUGCAGCUUGGGGAGUCUCGGAGCGGGAGGCGCUGGAGCGAUCUGGGGGGGUGGGGGGAAAUGAUCUGAACCCCCUGCGGGCUGGGGAAGGGCGCAGGUGCUGGAGGCUGUCCCCCCAGGAGGUGGUGGGGAGCCCUCUCCCUUCAGCAGCGAGGGGGUGCUGGCCCACUCGCCAGCCAGAGCAGGUUCCCUGAGGAAGCCCUGAGCAGUUUCCCAGGGCCUGCGGUGAGAAAGUCAGAGCAGCCCCCUUCCCUGCGGCUGGAUCACAACCGCAGCUUGGACCCCACGUGGGGCUGGGUACGGGGAGUCUGAUCUAGUGUCAGCCUCUGCUCCAGCGAAUCCCUGGGCCAGGGUACAGCCUCUCCUCGCUGGCCGCGGGAGGAGCAGGCCUUGCUGCAGGGGAUGGCAGGCGGGUGUGUGUGUGUGUCUAGCACAGACCCUGGGGAUGCCAAUAGGGGCUCAGUGCCCCUAGGACUCGCAGUGCCUCGCUGAGGUGACAGGAUUAGGAUUUCAGAUGCCAUAAAUAGGCUGCACUGCAGAAUUACAGGGAGUUCGAGCAGAGCUGCUUAGUGGCACUUCCUGCAAAGUGUGGCCGGGUAAUACUCCACCCUUUUGGCCUGGGAAAUGGUGCUCUGGGGCUUAAAAUCCCCAGGGUGGUGACAGCUCCUUCCUCCUGUCCUGUCCUGUGAUGGGAUUAAGCCACCUCUCUAACUGCAACCCCCCCACCUCCCGCUUUGUAUCUAAGGUGUUCCCAGGCCCUGCUGUCACCCCGCAGCCGCCUCCUUGUGUUGCUGGCUUCCUGUGCUCUGGUCCGGCCAAGGAGGGACUGACUGCCAGCCCCUUUCACCUCUGUUUGGGUUCCUGCUUCGGGCGCUAGCCCAUGCUAGCAGCCUUGGGGCUGCAAAUCGAGCAAGGUGGCUUCAGCUGCGAGCAAGGUGCUUUUUCUUGGUGCUGAGCAAUUAAAGGAGAGGUUCCUCCCUGUCCCCUUGGCGUGCCGAGCCCGGGCGCUGGGCGCUGGUAUUCCUACCGGCCUCUGAUUGCUCAGGCUGUCGGACAGCUGGAAUUCCUGGGUUCCAAAUUUCUGUCAGUUGGGUAAAGUUGCGUUUCAAGGCAGGGCAGCAGUAUAGAGAAGGCGCCCUGUGUCCUGCUUGGCUCUCAAAGGCCCACAUGAUGGAGGGGUGGCUGGGCCAGAUUUGGUGUGACCUGGUGCCGGGGGCCACGAGCUGUCGAACGUUAUGGUGUUAACAGCUGCAGUUUCCACAACCAAAUGGCAGGCUGUGGUUUUCUUCCAGCCUUACUUGUCAGUAGCUUCCUGGGCGGAUUUGUGGCUGUGCACAUCCCUGCGCUCACUGCAUUCCUGCCUCCGGCCUGUUCCCAGCCCUCUGCUGCAGUGUGUGACGCUCUCCCGUCCGCACACCCGGCGCAGCAGCGAUGGGUGUGACUGCCAGCAAUGCGCUGGGGCUCCUCAGGGCGCCCGGGCAGUGCUGUCUGGGAUUGUCCCUUAGCGCUGUCUCUGCAGCUGGGGAGGAGCGCUCGGCUGCUGAGGCUAGGACAAGGGGGCAGGUUUUGGUGUCCGUCUCUGACUAGGAGUUGUGAUGGCUGUAGCUUUGUCCAGCUCGCUCCUCCUGCGGGGGCCUGGCUCUGUGUGUGGCUGAUGUCCCAGGCGUGGGAUUAAGAUAGCGAAGGACCCAGCAGGAUUAGAGCGAGGAGGCUGCGCGUGAGGUAGGGAGCUUGAGGGGGCUCGCUCGGCGGAGAGCAGCCGUGUUAGACCUGCUGCCGCUCGCUGCGUCGCUGCCUGACAGCUGAAGCUGGCCGCGGGUUUCUCUCCCGCCCCCUCAAUGGAGUGGGCUUGUUUAUCGCAGCUGGGAGAAGGGUGUUUCCCAGGCAGGGCUGGAGGCCGCUGAGAAGGAAACUGCUCUGGCCUGAAACUCAGCAGGCUGUGCAGCCGCCCCCCCGGGAAUCAGGCUCCGCUCUGGGGAGGAGAUCCCCUCCGCUCUGUGGCUGAGACGAUAACAGCCUGAUCAGGGCCUUCCUCGCAGCACCGCUCCGGAGCCGCCAGGCCUGCACAGCGCGGGGCACGGACUCUGCUUAUUGUGGCAUUGGCAGGCACCGACGUCCUACACCAACGCCACCCAGGGCCGUAUGUAUCCGAGACUCCCACGCGGGGGGGGCAUCUGGUUUGGACUGAGACCCCGCAUGCCCUGUGGGGGCAAGGCAUGGGGCAAGUGACUUAGGCCCGGAGGCCUUGUUUCUCUCCUGGGUUGUUUUGGGGGCUUGUUCCUCCCCCUUCCCUUCCACCGGCUGGGGAUUGCAUCUCCAUGCCUUGGAGAUUCUCAGCCCCCCACCCCGGUCCUCCUCCACGCCAGUCUCUGCAUUCUCGCUGGCUGCGUAAUGCUUAGAUUCCUGGUGCCAGGGAGCCUGUCAAUGGGUCAGAGGGAGGAGGUAGCCGGCCACACCAGGAGCCCAUCCUAUCUGGAAUUGCCUGCCUCGGCUGUCUGGUUGCAGAUCUCCUUGUUAGUCUGGGGUCCCAGGUCUGGCAGGAAAAUGCUCAUAACUGUGUGGUUGGGGGGCGGGGGUGGAAGGUGCUCGAAGUGCCUUUGGUGGGCUGUAAAUCUCUGCCUGCUGAUGUCCUAGCCAGGGGGAGGAUCCCCCGGCCCCAUGCCUCUCAAGCUUGUACCCUGAAGCAUGAGGGCCGAGAGCCCCUGGAACAUUGCAGUGCAGCGGCUGCUGUGAUUCAUGCCAUAGAGGGGUCCUUGGCCUUCCACCUGCAGAGGGCAGGCCCCAGGCUGGAGGCCGGCGUUAGGUGGCUCCAGGCCACAGUGCAGACCGUUACGGUCGCCCGCAAGGUGCUAAUGCGCCUAGAACCCCGUCAUUCGUUUCACUGUAGCAGUGCCCAGUGUGUGCCUUAGAGUGCCUGCUGGGAACCCAGCCUCUUACUGAUCCCUGCGAAACCACUGCUGUCCCCUCGCUGUACCUACAGGCAGCCGCAAACAGGCCUUGCGGUGUCCUAAAGCUGGGGAGGGCAGGGACUCCAGAGCAUCUAGAUCUUACCUGCUGCCAGUGGCCAGUGCCAGAGCAUCAGAGCAUGGACAGAACAGGGCAAUCAUCGAGUGGUCCACCCCGUCAUCCAGUCCCCAGUUCUGGCAGUUGGGAACCCCCAAGGCAGGGGGCUGCGUCCCUGACCAGCAUGGCUAAUAGCCAUUGGUGGACCUGUCCUCCAGCUCUUCAGCGUGAGGGAGGCUGCACCUCUCUAGGUCACCAGGGACAGAACUCUGAGCUCAUUGAAUGCCCCACUGUCGUGUCACGCGGUGGGGUGACUAGCCCGGGGCCUUCUCUGGCCCCUUAGUCUGUCCCUCUGGCCCCUGCACAGUGAUGGUGCUAGGAGCAAUGGGGCUCCCACCUCUUACUCAGUAGCCCUGGUCUCAUCUCCCUGCUCCCCAGAGCUCUGUUCCUCAUCCUCCUCUGGAUCCUUGUGACUUGUUCAGAGUCCUGUGACCAGCAGGACUCGCUGGAGGGAAACACCAGCCCUUUAUGUAACUGCAUUAGAAUAGAUCUGGGGCAGCUGCCCUUGUCAUCUGAUUCCUGCUGCACGUUGAACUAGGCUCUGCUUGGAAGGUGCAGCUAGUGUGGGGCCACAAGGGGUUGUGAGAGCGGGUUAUAUCGCUCUCUAAAUGGGCAUAGCCUGAUACUUGUCUAGGCUGCUUCUCUGUGCCAUGCUGCCUGGGAGAGGAGGGAACCUCCUCACUCUGGCUCUAGGCUGUAGUGCCAAAGGUCCUUGCCAGGUGUUCAGCCUCCCUCUGAAAGGGUGGGGCAGGCAGGGGUACCAUGGUGCUGGCACUGGGCCUGAGCUGUCUUAGCUGUCUGCACCGCAUCUUGUUGCUGAUGCGAGUGCAUGGGAGGUGCCGAUGUGCGUGGUGGUACCCGGCAUGCUCCUGGAGCCUGGGGGAGGGGAGGGAAGUUUGGGGGAGCUGUGCAGCGUGCUUCGCUGGUGGGACAGGCGGAAGGGCCCCCCCUGCUGACUGGCUCCGUGCUGUGAUGGCGUGGGCCUGGCUGGCUCUUAGCAGUGGGCUGUUAGAGCCUGGCACAGGUUCAAGCCCAGGCUGCCAUGGAGUGUUUCUGGCUGCCCAGUCUGAGAAGGGGACAUCUAGGAGGAAGGGGGGGAAGGAAUCGAGGUCUCCAGACACCCGCUCAGCAAUGGGAUUUGUCAAGUACUGAAGCGGCAGUGAGCACCUUGGAACAUGUCCCACGAGAAGAGCUUCCUGGUGUCGGGCGAUGGCUUCCCCACUCCAAGCCCUGCCUUCCCUGGGCAGCAGCCUCCUGCCCCGCCAGCCUACGCACAGCCCCCCUUCCCGUCAGCACCCUAUCCACAGCCCCAGUUCCAGCCAGGACCCUACAACCAGCCGGGCUUUCCGCAGGGCCCGUACCCUCAAGGGCCUGGGCCGUACCCACCAGCCCCGUAUCCUCAGGGGCCAUAUCCACCAGCAGGCGCGUAUCCUCAGGGGCCGUGUCCACCAGGGCCGUACGUGCAGCCGCCGUACGCCCAGCCACAGCCCAUAGUCUCAGAGGAACAAGGCUCUCCGCUGCACAGUAACUACCAUGAGGAGGGGCCGCCCUCGUACUACGACAACCAGGACUUCCCCGUCACCCACUGGGAUGACAAGAGCAUCCGCCAGGCCUUCAUCCGCAAGGUGUUCCUGGUGCUGACCCUCCAGCUGAGUGUGACCUUCGCCUUCGUGGCCAUCUUCACCUUUGUGAAGGGUGUGAAGGGCUUCGUGAGGCGCAAUGUCUGGACGUACUAUGUCUCCUACGCCGUCUUCUUCAUCUCGCUGAUCGUGCUGAGCUGCUGUGGGGAGUUCCGCCGCAAGUACCCCUGGAACCUGGUCGCCCUGUCCAUCCUGACGGUCAGCCUCUCCUACAUGGUGGGGAUGAUCGCCAGCUUCUACGAAACGGACGCCGUCAUCAUGGCUGUGGGCAUCACAGCCGCUGUCUGCUUCACCGUUGUCCUCUUCUCCCUGCAGACCAAGUACGACUUCACCUCGUGCCGGGGCGUGCUGAUCGUCUGCCUGGUGGUGCUGAUCAUCUUCUCCAUCCUGUGUAUCUUCAUCCGGAACCGCAUCAUGGACAUCGUCUAUGCCUCGCUGGGAGCCCUGCUCUUCACCUGUUUCCUAGCGGUGGACACGCAGAUGAUCCUGGGGAACAAGCAGCUGUCCCUGAGCCCGGAGGAAUACGUCUUUGCCGCCCUCAACCUCUACACGGAUAUUAUCAACAUCUUCCUCUACAUCCUGGCCAUCAUCGGCCGGGCCAAGGACUAGCGCACACCCGCUGCUGCGGAGAGUAGGGUAACCUCCUGUGCCAGCCCCAGCUCACUGCCCCCACCCCGGCCCUGCUCCCCCAUAGCCAUUUGCUGUGUUGUUUUCAUGGCAUCUCGUUGUUGGUUCUCGUGUUCUAGUUAUUUUGACCCAUGGUCACCUUACCAGUUCUUCAGGAAGGACAGUGGGGUUGGGAGCAUCUGAGCUGCACUGGGCUCAUGGUUUUGGAAGGACCCGCCCUGGGCCAUCAUGGGAUGAGGGACGCUCUCCAUCCUUGGGCUGCCCAUGCCGCGUGGGGGUGUGGGGCUGGGCGCACAGGGGGCAGGGCGGGGGGGUGUAUAAAUCACUUUGCUCUGCACCAUGUCAGGAGCCGCUGUCUUGCUUCAGGGAAUGUCUCUGCCUGGCUGUGUCCCAAGCAUGCUGCUCCCCCCUCUGCCAGAGGCAGCUCUUUGGCUGCUGCUGCUCCUCUCAGCUGUCGGUAGCCAGCUGCGUCCCCAGCCUCCCACUGGUGCAUGGAUUGAAGCCCACUCUGGCCCCAGGCGCUACCCUCUAGUGGCAGGGCUGCCUCACACAAGCAGAUCAGGCCUUGGCAUUUCGUGAGACGACCAGAGAGAGCUUCAAAGCACCGGCUCUGUUAGCGCCUGGCCCCAGAGAUCUGACAGGCUGGGCAGUGCCUCCCAAGCGGUGCCCCUGCCGGGCCUGGCAGCACCUGCCUGGAUUCACUACAGUUAGUCGUGAAGAUGUUUGAGACCCUGAACCAUUGGUGGUGGUGUGGGGGGGCUAACUGGGGGGGCUGAGUGCAGGCCGCUCCCCAGAGCGCCCUGGUGUGCAGCCCCCUUGAGGCUGCUUCCCAAGGUGCUAUGCAUGGCUGGCCCGGGGGUGAGCGCAGGGCUCUGCCCAGUUCCCCUCCCACGAGCACCUGGUGUGGGCUGCACCACGGCCCUGCCUUCCUUUUCCAUGCAGCCCAGCUCCCUCCUGCUCCGGGUGGCCAGAGGGCUGGGUCCCUGUCGUUCUGUAUGUCACUGGAUGCUGCUGUUAAUAAAGUUCUGUCUAGAUGUGAGACCUGCACCCGUCCAGACUCUCCUUUCCCCAUCCCAGCCCUCUCCUGGGGUGCCCCCUUCACGAGCAGCAUCUGCACUGCCCCCUGCCCAGAGGCCUGGCUAAGCAAGCGGCACCAGGAGAGACCUGGGUGAGGCUCGUCCUGCUGGGCAGCCUAGAGACCGCUUUGCCAUCCCCUCUGCACACCAGUCCCUGGGGCCAGGGAGCUGCAUUCCUUGAGCUGUGCAGACCUCUCCCUCCCUGUGUGCCAGCCCACUUGGCAGCUAGACAUCGAAGGGAGCAAGGGGCUGGCUGAGGAGGUUCUUGCUCUAGAGCAGGGUUACUAGCCCUUGGGCUCCUGGCUCCCUCUCCUCGGGAGCAGGGCACUGUCGGGGCCAGGGGAGAGGACUUCAGCAGAGCAACAAGCACCUGUGCCUGCCCCACACACCUGGGGGUAUCACGGGGCAAGUGGGGGGCCUUCUGCACCAUUUGGGCUCCAUAGCACUACAUGGUGCAGCCAGCGGAGACGAGCACAGAAAGAUCAAUCCCAGAGCCCCUCCCGCCCCCUGGAGCAAGGGAAGGCCCUGACAGACCCUGGGGCCGUGUAGGGGCAGGGAUAUAAAUGCCAUCUCUGUCCCGGCAGCCCCCGUGCCCCAGCCACCCCUACAGUCUCCUGGUAGCACAGGCAGGCUGUGAGCACUGCUGAGCUGCCUGGACUCCCGUGGCAGGAGGUUCUGGGGUGUGGUGCUCGAGUGGGGUCCCUGCACUGCUGCAUGCUGCCUGGCUGUCCCUGUGCCCAGAGCCACUCUGCACUCAUCUGUAUAAAUAGGAUGUCCUAAUAAAGUGAGAAUGUACAAAG